UACAACACCAUUUUCCUCUUCUCUCCACCGUAUCCAAUUCCCUCUUCUUCUUCUUCCUCACACUUUCUCUCUUUCUCUCUCUCUUCCUUUUCUUUUUCUUUUGCUCUUUCUCUCAAAUGGAAGAACAAGACAACAGAGAACUUGAGCUUCUACCGUCUUCGCGCGCCGAUUCCUCUCUGCUCCGCUUCCGAUCCACGGUUUCUUCGUCUUCGCUGGCGGAGGUAGCGCCUUCUGUGGACCUUCAGCUUUCGAUAAGCGUGGGGCGUCCGACGGCUGCGGAGUGCGUGGUGCGGAUGUGCGAGGGCGUGGAGGCGCUGAAGUGGGAGGCGGCGGAGCAAAUCAGGCUGGCGGCGAUGGAGAAGGCGUAUGCGGAGCGGGUGAGGGAGCUCACGCGCCGGGAGAUGGAGAUGGCGCAGUCGGAGUUUGCGCGCGCCAGGCAAAUGUGGGAGCGAGCAAGGGAGGAGGUGGAGAGUGCCGAGCGGAUGAAGGAACGCGCCACCGCCCGCCUCGGCUCCUCUUCCUCCACCUCCUCCUCUUCUGCUAUGGAGAUCACGUGCCACUCGUGCCGGCAGAGGUUCAGGCCUGCCUGAUCGCCCGGACACAUGGAUCCUCUUGUGUUAAAAUUCUUUACACUUUUCGCACCCCAAAAUACAUUCUAUUAAUUCUCAUCACUGAUCACUUUCAUUUCUCAUCUAUAUUAUUGCUGCUUUUGUUUUUCUUAUC